AUGCAAGCAUCCUCUAGGCCACUCCUUUUCAAGCGCCCAAUCCUGAAGGACAAGGAUGAUAACAUCAUGGAUGAGAAGGAAAGUGUACAUGACGACAAUGUCAAAACUCUAUUAUCAUCUCUUAAUUUCUCCAAUAAAGAUGAUGAUGAUUACCUUCUAACAACUGUAAUUGAGGAUCUUAAUGUUCCACUUCCGGCUCCUCUAAAGCUAAAACAUCCUUCGGAUCUCACAAUAGCCGGUCAUUGUGAUGGAAUCAUCUGUUUAAAGCUUUUCAUUGGUAACAUUAUUUUAUGCAACCCGGCUAUGAAGGAAUUCAAGCUUCUUCCCAAGUCCUUUCUUCUUCUUCCCGAAGAUGACAUUAAUCGUUGGUCGCUGAAUUAUGAAUUAAGCUAUUACGAUGAAUAUUUAGGAUUUGGCUAUGAUCCCAAAUGUAAAGAUUAUAAGAUUGUUAGAUUCGUAAUCUAUGAAGAGUCAUGUUAUUGGUUCAAAGCAGAAGUAUACACUAUGAAUUCUAAUUCUUGGAGAGAGAUCAAGACCGACUAUAAUGAAAUGACUUCUUUUGUUAGUAAGUCUUCUGAUCUGCCAAUAUACUUGAAAGGAAAUUGUUAUUGGCACGUAUGUGGUUACCAUAUUUCAUGGGGGGACUUCAUUCUUUCAUUUGAUAUGGGCAACGAGCUAUUUCGUGAGAUAUCAAUUUCAGAUUUGCCAGAUGGAUGUAGAUUAGAGACACUUACAGUGUGGAAAGAGUUCAUUACUAUUUUGACCUAUCAAGAAGAAAUUGUAGUUUCUCAUUCUUUCGAUAUGUGGGUUUUGAUGUAUGAUGGUGAUGGCAAAGGUUCAUGGAUAAAACAUUUAACUAUAAGACCUGUGGAAGGUGAUACAUGUCCAUUGCUAUUUUGGAAAGGUGACCAACUUCUCUUGAUUAAUAAUAAUGAUGCACAUAUCGUCUUAUAUAACAUUGGCACACAAAUGUUGAAGUAUCUUCCUAUUCAAUGCAUGGGAAAUAUCAUAAAUAUUCAAGCAGUUGGUUAUGUAAAUAGUAUUGUUUCCAUCAACGGAGGCAACUUACUUGAAGAUACAUGUAUUUCUGCUUUCUAUGGCAGUGGUAAGUUUUGUUCCAGCUACAGAGAAGACGACGACAAUAACUCUGCGUUUGAUGGAAAUGACAAGUCAGAGCAAUAG